GUUUUUCUGAAUUUGUUUUUCUAAAAGGGAUAGGAAUGAAGUUUGAUUUCUGUCUUUAAAACUGUUGAGAUUUGGGGUUUUGUGUGCACAGCAUUCUGGUUAGAUGAUUUAAAGCAAACAUCAUUCUGAUUAGAUGAUUUAAAGUAAGGUUGGGUAGGGUUAAUCUAUCUUCAUCGGAAGGGAGGGAAAAAUUGACACAAAAUUGAAUAACUAUUGCAGUGGAUGAUGCAGCAAAAGACAGUUGUUUGAGCGGAAAGAAGUCUGGUUUAGUUGUUUCAGAGACAAACUUCCAUCUUUUGGAUAAAAAAUGGAAACUUUCUGUCUACCUUAGAUCCAUCUAGUAAUCGCUCGCUAUUAUUGGGUUUGCUUGGUUCUCUGCCUAGUUCUUGUUCAGCGCAAUUGAAGUUUCUUCAGCUUAGUGGGGGCUUUGAUGCCAUUUUAUCAGUUUUCUGUAGUCACUUGAGGCUUUUAUGCCAUUUUAGGAAGUUUCUAUAGUUGCUCAAGUGUUAGUAGAUUGUGUACUUCUUGGUGAAAAAUGGUUCCAACAGGGCCUCCUAAUCCACUUGGCGGUUCCCAGUCAGUACCUUCUUCAUUACUGCGAACAAAUUCCGGUGUAAUGGGUGGUCAAGGGGGGUCAAUGCCUUCACCAGGUGGUUUCCCUUCUAUGGUUUCUCCUCGAACGAUGUUUGGUAACAUGAAUAUGCUAGGGAAUGCUCCCAAUGUUUCACAUCAGUCCUUUGCAAAUGGAGGUCCUAAUGCAGGGCUGGCUGGACCAGGAAGUUCUCAGCGUGGUCCUGUUGAUAAUGGGGCUGAGACUGAUCCACUUUCUGGUGUAGGAAAUGGGAUGGGUUUUAGUGCUCCUUCAACAUCAUUUAUGUCAUCAGCCAUGGCGACAAAUCCAAAUAGCAGUCAAGUUCAAGGACAGCAGUUUCCUAACCCCUCCGGUAACCACAUGUUGACUGACCAACAACGUUCCCAACAGCUUGAUUCCCAGAAUGUUCAACAUAAUCAACAGUUGCAGCAGUUUUCUUCCCCUAUGAAUUCCCAAACACAGCAACAUCAGCAUCAAUUUCAAUCCAUGCGUGGUGGAUUAGCACCUGUCAAAAUGGAGACACAGGUGACUAAUGAUCAAACACCGCAGCAGUUGCAAGCUCUGAGAAACUUGGCACCUGUUAAAAUGGAACCACAACAGAUUCAAAGUAUGAGAGAUCUUGCGCCUGUAAAAGUAGAACAACAACAAUCAGAUCCAUCUUUAUUUCUACAUCAGCAACAACAGCAGCAGUUCCUUCAGAUGUCCAGGCAAUCCCCUCAAGCUGCUGCAGCUGCACAGCUUUUGCAUCAGCAGAGGCUAAUGCAGUUCCAGCAUCAUCAUCAACUCUUGAAGACUUCCCCUCAACAACGUAACCCAUUACAACAACAAUUUCAACCUCAGAAUCUUGCUGUCAGACCUCCUGUAAAGCCAGUAUAUGAGCCCGGGAUGUGUGCUCGUCGGCUGACUCAUUAUAUGUAUCAGCAGCAACAUAGACCCGAAGACAAUAACAUUGAGUUCUGGAGGAAAUUUGUCGCCGAGUAUUUCGCUCCCAAUGCCAAGAAAAAAUGGUGUGUCUCUAUGUAUGGAAGUGGUCGGCAGACUACUGGAGUUUUUCCUCAGGAUGUGUGGCACUGCGAAAUAUGCAGCCGCAAGCCAGGCCGUGGGUUCGAAGCAACUGCUGAGGUCUUGCCCAGGCUUUUCAAGAUAAAGUAUGAAAGUGGCACUUUGGAAGAACUUCUCUAUGUCGAUAUGCCCCGUGAAUAUCAGAAUUCAUCUGGGCAAAUAGUCCUAGAUUAUGCAAAGGCGAUUCAGGAGAGUGUCUUUGAGCAACUUCGUGUUGUCCGUGAUGGUCAGCUUCGCCUAGUGUUUUCACAACCUGAUUUGAAGAUAGUUUCUUGGGAAUUUUGUGCACGACGUCAUGAGGAGCUUAUCCCCAGAAGAUUGUUGAUACCUCAGGUUAGUCAACUUGGUGCUGCAGCUCAAAAGUACCAGGCCGCCACCCAAAAUGCCUCAUCUAGUGCGUCUGUUUCUGAGUUGCAGAAUAAUUGCAAUAUGUUUGUUGCUUCAGCUCGUCAAUUAGCAAAAGCUUUGGAAGUUCCAUUAGUAAAUGAUUUAGGAUAUACAAAGAGAUAUGUGAGAUGCCUACAGAUAUCGGAAGUGGUUAAUAGCAUGAAAGAUUUGAUCGACUAUAGCAGGGAGACAGGGACCGGACCCAUGGAGAGCUUGGCUAAGUUUCCUCGUAGGAACGGCGCUUCAGCUGGAGUACAAGGUCCAGUUCAAUCAACUGAGGAUCAGACUCAGCAGCCACAGCAGCAGCAACAUCAACAGCAGCAACAACAGCAGCAACAACAGCAGCAGCAACAUACACAUCAAACAGUCAGUAGCUCUAACCAUGAAACGACUUCACAGCCUGGUGUACCACCACUACCUUUGAGCAAUGGUAUGUCGAAUGUACACAACUCUGUGAACCGAGUACCUGCUACUUCGUCUAGCGGUACUGUUGUUGGAUUACUGCACCAAAAUUCCAUGAACUCCAGGCAACAAAAUCCAAUGAAUGGUGGAAGUAGUACCUACUCGGGAAAUGCUGUCCAAAUGCCUUCACCCAAUUCUUCAAGUACAAUGCCUCAGUCUCAACCCAACUCUUCUCAAUUCCAAUCUCCAACACCAUCGUCAUCCAACAAUACACCACAAGCUUCACACAGUGGCUUAUCAUCAGUGCAACACAUGAACUCUGCAAAUUCCCCCAAAAUAUCAAUGCAGCAACCAGCCCAUUCAAAUGACGUGGAUGCUAAUGACUCUCAGAGUUCUGUACAAAAGAUUAUACAUGAAAUGAUGAUGUCUUCACAGCUCGGUGGCGGUGGCAUGGUAGGUAAUGGUACUAUUGGUAAUGAUAUAAAAAAUGGACAUGGGAUGUUGGCAACAAGUAAUAAUUCUCUUCUCAAUGGAAGCAAUUGCCUUGUUAGGAAUGGGACAGCCAAUGCUAACAGUACAGGUGUUGGUGCUGGAUUUGGGAGUAUGAACAAUGGACUGGGCCAAGCUGCAAUGGUUAAUGGAAUGCGAGCUGCAUUGGGUAAUAUCCCUUCAUCCAUGAAUGGGAUAGGGGGCAUGACAAUGGCGAGAGAACGCAACAUGAGUCAACAGCAACAAGAUCUGGGAAACCAACUGCUUAGUGGUCUAGAAGCAGUCAAUGGUUUUAACAACCUUCAGUUUGACUGGAAAACAUCUCCUUAAAAAGGUUCAAGUUGGCAAUUAUUAGUCUAUGUUCUGCUGCUUGUGCUGCAAAGAUAGUUUGAUGAGUUUGCCUCGCAUGAUGAGAGUAGCCGUGGUUGCUGAAGCAGAAGUGGCUUCAAAGCUUGCCCUUCUGUACUGAUUUGAGUGGGUAGGACUACGUAUAGCGUGGCAUCUUAACAGCUGAAAUGUUAUCUCAUCUGAGAUUGCACUCUCUUCUAACUUGAUUUUGCCUGGUUUAUCACAGCUGCUCCUUGAAUGGGACCUUCAGGGACCAACUUGGCUAAUGGACCGCUGCAUUCAAUCUAUUUAUACCAUGUGGAGGCAUUUGUUAACUACGUAGCGAUUGAGCUAUUGCCCCUAUCGUGAUGCAUCUCCACCACCACUACAGAGCUUGCGGUUGUAUAUAGUUGGGAUUCUGUUGUAGAAGUUGUAGGAGUUGCCAGAAUUGACACUGGUGCAGUCAUCAUUUCUUCUCUCCUUUCUACUUGUCUUUCUGUUAGGCUUAUUUGGAGUGGCUUGACGGGGAAAAAAAAUAGGACGAGGCUUGGGAAAGAAUUAAAUUAAAUCCAUUAGUGUGGAGUAUAUGUGAAGGAA